AUGAAUUACAAAGUAUUUCUAUAUUUUUGAUAGAAGGGAUAUAGUAAAAUUACUAUUAGAGCUGGGUAUGAAAAAAAACCAUGCAAAAAUCCUUAGGAACAAAACUCAACCUCAUUUUAGUUUGAGAAAGUAAUUCCAAUUCUCGGAGAUGAUCACAGUAUUUUAUUUUAGAAUAUUUAGAAUAUAGAAUACGGGGUUCAGAAGGCAACGGCAAUAAUUAUGUAUGUAUACCUUUUGGAGAUAUUCCGCGUAGAGAUUUAUUCGAGCUUGAUUCUUCUUGGUUGUUGAUACCCAAAAGCAUUUCGGAAUUCUAAAAUUUAUACCAUUAAGUUCUAAGGAGCUGUGAUAUUCAAUAGCACAUAAUUUCUAAAAUUGGAGAAUUUUUAAUUAUUGAUAAAUAGAAAUUGAAGCUCAAAGAUAUUUCUGGUAGACAAGGAUAUCCAACUUUAAUAAACAUAUCAAGAAAAUGUGAAAAUCAAGAGCUAAUCAAAAGCAAUGUAUUUGUUAUUGGCAGGACAUCGAAAUUAAAAGUAUAAUAAAAUAAUCAACUUUUUGGAGAGUUUUUGGAUAGCCCUCAGUUAUUUGAUAUUACAAAAAAGGCCAUAGUGUUAGGGUUGGAUUCUGGUAUGGAUGAACUAUUUAAAUAAUCUUUUAAGGGGAAAAUAGCACAGCGACCAUUCUAUUAGACUUUGAAUUCAAUAAAAUUGAAGAAAGUAAGUAUUGAUGUAUAUUUUUAAGGAAUUCGAUGAAUAUUAUUCUAAAUCUUGUAUAUAUAUAAAAAUAGAUUAGGAUCAAAGUUAUUUGCUGGUUGAAAACUCAAAAAGAAAUCCCUCAUUUGAAAAAAAUAGUGCAUAAUUAUAUAGUAGGCGUGGUCAAUCAUUACCAGUUUAAUUAUCGAGGAAUGCAUUAUCAAUUAACAAGUCUAGAGGGUCUUUAUGUUUUUUUACUAUUGGAAGAAAUUUACUAUCUGAUAUAGUAUUAAAAUCUCAGUAAGUUUCUGAUUAUCAUGGUACGAUAGUGUACCUUUAGAAAAUAAAGAAAUGGAUAAUUGUUGAUGGGUAAUGCAAUAAUUUUCGGUCUACUCAAUGGAAUACUAGUGAAAAUGGAACAUGGUUGGAAAUGGCGCAAAAUAAAGACUACUAUUUGGAUAACGAAUAAAUAAUAAAGGUUAAUGAUAUUGAAAUUACGAUGCAUUGGGAUUGA